AUGAAUCUCAUUCCUCUGAGUGUCAUCCUUCAAUUUUUUGCCCCAUACUGGAACUCUUUAGGGCUUCCCAUUCUAGAAGCCGCGGAUGUUGCAGGGAAGCUGAUACCUCUCAUGGAAGCUAUUAUCCCGGGCAUCAGAUAUCUUGGCGAGGGUGGAGAAAAUAUAAAAGCUCUAACCGACGCCAUGGAUAGAUUGAAAGCUACAAGGGCGGGUAUCAUGGAUGAGAUCAACAUCGCCGAGAGAGAAGGGAAAAGGCGCACUCCAGAAAUCGACAACUGGUUCAAGAGGGUGGAAGCAGAAGUAGGUGAAGAGGCCAAAAUGAAAGAACCCUGUCGGAAGAGGAAGAGGGUGCUGGGAGUCCCCCUCAAUUGGGUCUCGAGCUACAAAGACGGCCAGAGAGUCAGGAAGAAAGCUAAGGUGGCGGAUGAGCUGGGAAAUGAAGCAAGUUCUAUCGUCACCACGAGGAGGUUGCCACCAUCAUCGGUCCAGGAGAUGCCUACCAUUCCCAGGAUGGUAGGAAUUGAGUCAUAUAAAAACGAAGUCCUGCUCCACCUUGCUAAUGAUGGCUUGCGUAUCAUCGCGAUUAGGGGCAUGGGCGGGGUCGGCAAAACCACUCUCCUGAGAGAAGUCAACAACUGUUUCCUCCCCGGCAGUGAGAGGAGCUUGGAGUUCGACCAUGUGAUAUGGAUGGUGGCUUCCGAAGAGUGUACUCUGGAGAAGCUUCAGAAGGGAAUAGCCCAGAAAUUGGGAGUGGAUCUGGAGGCCCACAAACAGCCACCAAACUCGGUCCUCUUCAGGAACCUCAAGAACAAGAACUUCCUGUUGCUGCUGGACGAACUAUGGAGAGGCUACGAGCUGGAGGAUGUUGGGAUCCCACGUCCCGGCACUGGAGGGAAUCCAUACAAGCGCAAAGUUAUACUGACCACCCGAUUGCAGAACGUGUGCAGAAAAAUGAGCGCCGACGUUGAGAUCAAGAUGAACUGCUUGGGGCGGCCAGAGGCACUGGAUCUGUUCAAAUUUCAUGUCGGUGAGCAGACCCUCAACUCUCACCCUGACAUAAUUGACCUUGCAGGGGUGGUUGCGGAGGAGUGCAGAGGCUUGCCGCUUGCCCUCAAGACGAUCGGAAGCGCCAUGCGCGACCGCAGGGAACCCGAACACUGGAGGCAUGUAAUCGAGUUGCUGAAGGACUCUAAGCAUGCUGAGAUCCAGGAAAUGGAGAUCCUACCGGAGGAGGGCGAAGACAGAGACAUGUUUCGCGUGUUAAAGCUCAGCUAUGACAAUUUGCGUGAUGACAUGACAAGGCAAUGCUUUUUGUCCUGUUGCUUGUGGCCCGAAGGCUGUCUAAUUGACAAAGCCGAACUUAUAGAAUGUUGGAUGGGUCUAGGCUUAAUCGAUGAGUCGAAUGGGAACUUGCUCUGGGGUCACGAUCACAUUAGAAUCCUGGAAGAAGCAUGCUUACUGGAGCCUAGUGCCGACAAAGAAAGGGUGAGAAUGCAUGAUGUUAUUCGAGACUUGGGACUGUGGAUCGCUUCCGACUGUGGGCGGAAAAAGAAUAAAUGGUUGGUUCAAGCUGGUGUUGGUCUGAGGGAAGCAACAGAUGUGAAACAGAAAUGGAUUGGAGCAGAAGGAGUAGAAAGAAUAUCGCUAAUGAGGAAUCAUAUAGAAAUAAUGCCCCAACACCUUCCUAAUCGGCCCAAUCUCAAAGUCUUGAUGCUCCAGAUGAACUCUUAUCUUACAAGGAUCCCACCUGACCUUUUCCAGUGCAUGCCUUCUCUGACUUAUCUAGAUUUAUCUUAUACCGCACUGGAGGAGUUACCAAAAGAGAUUGGCAUGCUAGUUCAUUUGCAAUAUCUUAAUUUAUCCCAAACAUGCAUUACAGAGUUGCCGAAGGAGCUGGCAUGUCUUAAAGAGCUGAAGUACUUGCUACUGAGACAUAUAGGUCUCUUGAGAAUACCUCGUGGUGGGAUAUCAAAUCUUUAUAAGCUGCGGCAGCUUGAUCUCUUUGGAACCGAGUAUGAAGUUUUGGAAGUUGAAGGUACGGGUUGUGGUAAUGAAGAGUAUACAGCAAGUUUGGGAGAGUUGGAAGAACUGAACUCGAAGGUGAUGUCGUUGACAAAUCUUGGAAUCAUGGUAAAUGGAGUGCGAACCCUCCAAAUUCUCUCCAGGUUAGACAACAUAGUUAGUCGGUACCUAGAAAUGUGGUCUACAUGCAAGUUGGCAUCCAUUCGGUUGGCACCAUCUAUCGUUAAAGCCCAACUUGGAAGCCUCAAAAUGUUGAAGAGCCUAAAGAAGCUGAAAAUUGAUUUUGAUCACUUGGUGGAGCUGGAGGUCGAUGGCGAGGACCAGGAUCGUGAUAUGGGUUGGCAACUUCCAGAUCUUAAGGAACUCCACCUCAGGGACCUCUUUCAAUUGAAGGUGGUAAAGUGGACGAGAGUAUCGAUCUCAGAUUUCCUUCCGCAGCUGCGGUCAGUGGCCAUUUAUUACUGCCUUGAGUUAGAGAAUGCUAAUUGGGUUCUGCUGCUCCCACAGCUCGAGUCUCUACAGAUAGUAUUCUGCCCAAAAAUGCGGCAAGUGAUCGACGAUUCAGUAGGCAGCAAUUUUGGUGCCUUCCGUUGUCUUAGGAUUUUGUUUCUGUUCAGGUUAGGGUGCCUAACUAGCAUCUGUGAUCAGACAAUCAGUUUCCCUUCUUUGGAAGUCAUUGAAAUCGACCAUUGUGACGAGCUGAAGCAGCUGCCCGUCAAGAUCAUGGGGAGGAACUUACGGGAGAUUCGUGGCUGUGAGGGAUGGUGGCAGAGCUUACAAUGGCAGGAUGAGAACGUGAAAGCCUCCCUCCUCCCUUGUUUCAGGAGAAGUUUAAUAUAGGGGGACGAGGUCCACCGUGGACCUCGGGUGAGCCGCCCAGAAUGC